AGAAGGAAGUUGGGCUCCAGCGUAGCGGCGGAAAGUGGAACAGCUGUUUUGAGGUUUUAAUUUUAUUUUUUGUGUACUGAUGUGUGACAACUCCGGUGCCUAAAUGCAUGUACUAAGGAGGUACCAGCGACGUUGAAAUCCUGCCGACGAUGGAGAUGUUCAGUAAACUGACGGCUCUCUUCCAGGAGGCGCUGGAAACGAGAGAACCCUCAGUGAAUUUACUGGAAUCCUUUGUAGAGCACUGGAAAGGCAUAACAAACUACUACAUAGAGACGUCAGAUGAAAUGACCCCGGCAAAGCAGACAGACAUCCCAUGGAGGCUGAAACAGAUGCUGGAUAUUUUGGUGUAUGAGGAGAAGCAGCAGGAAAUGGAGGAAACUGGCCCUUGCAUGGAGUAUCUUCUGCAGCACAAAGUGCUGGAGACGCUCUGCACGUUAGGGAAAGCCCAGUAUCCUCCUGGAAUGAACCAGCAGGUCCUGAUUUUCUUCACGAAGUUGCUUGGACAGAUUCAGCAGCCGAUGCUCCAUAUUAUUAAUGUGCACAGACCCGUUCAGAAGCUAAUUCGACUAUGUGGAGCGGUCUCUUCAUCACAGACCGAAAAGGAUGAAGUCCAGUUUCUCUUCGUCAUCUGUUUCAAGCUGAAACAGGAUCCCUAUGUGCUGAACUACAUCCUAGAGAGGGAAAAGGGCACAAGGAAACCCAGCUGUACCUCGGGAGAGAAGGAGAAAGAAGGGGGAAUGAGCCCACAGGGAAGUGGUGACCACGGUGGACCAUCAGUGCCUUCCAGCCCCCUGUCUGACUGCACAGCUGCUCCCUUGCUGGCUGGGGGAGAUCCAGGCGCCUGCUCCAGCCACAGCCAUCCAACGGACCCUUCAUCUCCCCCUGCCGCGCAAAACGCCCAGACCAACCUGGUCAGUGCCUUGGUUAACUUGGCUAAAAGCCAGAAAAGCAGAGUUGCGCUAAAGGCCUGUGAAGGUCUUCUCCUUCUCGCCAGUAUACCAAAGGAAGAGAAUGCGAUCAUCCUGACUGAGAGUGCAGCACUGUGUGAGUUGCUGACAGACCGGCUGUGUGACCUGUACAGCCUGAUCCCUACCUCAGUAGACCCCACGGACAUUCAGACAGUCAACAGGGUGUACUGGAGAGUUUUGCCUUCUCAGAACGGUAAAGAGGAGACUUGCACAUUUCCUGGGAAAGAGCACCUUGAGGCGUUUUUAACUUGGUUAGAUUUCUGUGAUCAGCUUGUAAAAGACACACCAAGGGUUCUUGCCUCCCGAUUGGCCAAAGCAGUUCACCAACAGUGGCUUACGGCAGUAAUGCAGCCCCAGCUUUUACAGAUAUCGGAGGUGGGAGUCCUUGUGGCCACAGCGUUGCUGUUCUUGAGUGUGCGGCAGAUCUCGGCCCCGCUGUUACUGGAGGAGCUUGUUUUCUUUCUGUUGGGGAGUCGGCGGGAGCCGGAAGCACGCAUGGACACCGAGACUCAUGCGUUGCGCUUCCACCUCAUUGAGCACUGUGACCACAUAUCGGAUGAGAUCAGUUUGGCUACUCUGAGGUUGUUUGAGGAGCUGCUACAGAAGCCACAUGAGCACAUUGUGUUUAGCCUUGUGCUGCGCAAUUUGGAGCAGAGGAGCUACAUCGCUCAGAGCUCUGGUGGGGCAGAGGACAGGCCCGCUGGGGACACAGAGCAUCUGGACGAGUCAGAGGAACUGGAGGAGGAUCCAUUCUUCACAGACAUGUACCCUGAGAGUGAGUUCAACACCUCCAACCAGCUUCUGGCUUUACCACCCAGGACGACCAAACCUCGGCCCCCUGGGAAAACCCAGGUCACUGACAUUGUCAACAGCUUUGUCUGCCUUGUUCCACAAGAAGCAAAAACGUCUCAUUGUGUCCAAGAAUCAGGAUAUGACACGUAUGUGCAUGAUGCUCAUGAACUGUUUAAAGAAUGCACCUCUUAUUCUCUCCAAUGGGGAUGGCCCAAGACCCCUAAACCUCAGGAAUCAGUUCACCCAAAUCUGGACUUCUAUGAAGGCCACUUCCUGAAAGUUCUGUUUGACAGAAUCACACGAAUUCUUGACCAGCCCUACGAGCUGAACUUGCAGGUGACAUCAGUGCUUUCCAAGCUAGCUGUGUUCCCACAUCCCCACCUGCAUGAGUACCUCUUGGACCCCUACAUCAGCCUGGCCCCUGGCAGCAGGUCUCUCUUCUCCGUGCUCAUCAGAGUGAUCGGAGAUCUCAUGCAGAGAAUUCAGCACAUCCCACACUUUUCUGAGAAGCUGCUGUUCGUGAGGAAGCAGCUGAUGGGACUGGAGCAUGAGACAAUGACAGACCACAUGACUUUGCUAAAGGGGGUUAUAGUAUUGGAGGAGUUCUGCAAGGAACUGGCCGCAAUAGCUUUUGUCAAAUAUCCCACUGAAGAACAUUAAUGUGCUCUCGUGUACACUGAUCCCAAGGCAGCCUGUUGGUCACAAAGGAAUCCUGAGCUUUUACAAAAAGAUGUUGAACCUGGACACAAGACAUUACAAGGACUGCAUCUAGAUUAUACAGGUGUAGGAAGCAGUAUAAUCUAGGUACUCUUUAUAUGUAAAUAACAACUCGAAGUACAGCCUGAUGCUUCUCAUGAGGAAAAUGUAGAGGACACAAAAUCUGUUGCACAGUAACGAUGGUACAACUAAGAAGAGACCUUUGUGUAACUGCUUGAGUUUUGUUUCUAUAUGCAAUGUUUUAUGUAAGAUAUAUGAACAGUACAGGUGUAUGUAAUUUUUAUCUAUUUAUUUAAAAUUAUAAAGAUAAGGAAGCUUUCACAGAGCCUGACAGACAUAACAUCUUCAGUUAAUAUACCGGUGGUAAAAAUCUGCAAUCUCUUGAUUGUUUUGAAUGAUAUAUUUCUUUAUUAAAUAUUCAUAAUUCAGAUAACAUUCAAAUCAAGAACAGUUGACAAAAUGAAAGGAAAUGAGUAGGACAGAAAAAGCUUCAAAGACAGUUUUCAGAGAUAAGACUGGAAAAAUUUGGAAAUUAAAAGGAAAUUGCUCUAGUCUUUGCUGUUUUUGCACACCCCUAUCCACUUCCUCCUGGAUUCUGCAUUGUGAUUAAUUGUCUUUAGAAUAACUGCAGUGUCAUCAGGAGUUUUACCACCAGUAUAUGAAGUUUAAGUUAUGUCUGGUCUACCAGUGUUUCUAUAUUUGUCAGAAAAUGGGUAUUUCUUACUAAAAGAAAUCACUGAAUCAAGUUCGUUAAGUCAAACCUUAAAACUGCACUCUUGAUAUAUAAUAAUAAUACUGAAUUUUCUGUUUUUCAUUUCUCAUCUUUUAAUUUAGCAAACUAAACCUUGAACCUUUUUUUUUUACCUUGGGAUGAGUUGUGAUUGAUAAUAUACCACUCUAAAUUGUGCAAAUGUAUCAAAACUUAGUUUAUACUGGGGAAGCCAACAUUGGCUGUUGUCCUUGUGAAAAUGUUGUGAAAAUUAACAUGAUGUAGGGAAAUAAAUUCAAAAGGAUGUUCAUUUUAA